AUGUGGAAAUCCAUUCUCUCAGCUGGCCAACAAGCCACUCGCGCCAGCCGCGCUCAAUUCGUCAAAACCACGUCCCUCGCCACACCGACAGCAACAAGAACGCCCUUCAGCACAACCCAACGCUCCCAGACCGAAAAGGGACCGGGCGUGCAAGACCGUGAAGCCCUGAACCCAGAGCGCUCAGAGACCAGCAAAUCCGGCACAGACAGCGAAGUCGCUAAGCACCCUGCUGCAUUCGACCCGCACAACACAGCACCCGAGAACGAGCUCAAGGCUACCGAGGACGAGAGCAAGCAGGAGGGUAAGACAGACAGCCCUCUCGAUGUUAGCCCUGCCAAUAAGGAUGUGAGCUCCUGGAAACGCGACACUGAGGGUGGACCUGCCCGAAACCGGGAUCGCGAUGCUUCGAGCUCUCGUGGCGCGGCGAAGAAGAAUCGUGGAAUUCAUGUCAAGGAGGAUGGGACUCAUGUUUCGUACCGGGAUUGA